UCUCGAAUACAACUUGUUGCUGCGCAGACGCGAAUCGCUCCGUGCGGACAGUCCGAGUUCGAAUCCUCUGCUAUAUCUUUGCUCUCGAUCGCGGCGAUUGCUAAUUCGACGAUCGUGCUAAUCGAAAUACCGAGAAAUCGCAGAAAUCCGUAAAAAUCCCAAAGCCGAACCGGGGUGUAUAGCAAGUGCCUUUGGCCAAUACUAAAACGUAUUUUUGUGAUUUCCCUGCUAAUUGGCAGCCGGGUCAUUCUGCAGUGGCUCGAAAGUGCGCAAGAUGGCCAAGUGUGUUUUUGUGCAAAUUAAAGGCUGUGGGGGCAAGGCAAAAACAAUUGCUUAGGGCAAUUAAAGCUGCGCCUGCGCCUGCGCGCCCCUUCCUAACCUCAAAAAUCGAAGUCUGCGGACAAAAAAAAAAUAAAAGAAGCUGAAAAAUACAUCUGAAAAAUAAAAAAAAAAAUAUAUAAAAGCCUUCGGACAACUCUUGUGGCUCGUAAUGUGAAACUGGUUCCUAUAAACACACACACACACACGUUCAGGCGUUGAAAGACCCACUCGAAAAUACACACACACACAAGCACACACAGUGAAAUGUAAACACCCAUACAGUGGCAAAUUGCAACGACAACAGCUUAAAUACAACAACAACAAAAGCAAACGCAGUGAAAGAGUCGAAAUAAAAUUUAUAUAAAAAGCUGUAUCUUUGGCACGCAAAGCUGAGCAAGCAAAAAAAGAGCCGAAAGUAAACCGCAAGUUCAAGAAAAACAAAAUUUAAAAAAAAUAACCCCUAUGACGUCAGGGGUUAUUGGUUGGAACAGGGCUUGAUUCAUCCCACUGUACCACCCACCGCCCACAAUGCUGCUGCGUCGGCGCAACGGCCUUUGCCUCCCCCUUUUGCUGCUCCUCCUGGCCCACUGCAUCUGCAUUUGGCCCGCCUCGGCGAUCGCCCGGGAUCGCUACUCCCGCCAGAACAAUCGCCAGCGUCAUCAGGACAUCGAUCGAGAUCGGGAUCGGGAUCGUUUCCUCUAUCGCAGCAAUGCGGACAGAAAUCGGCAGAGGAGCAGUUCCCAUUUCGCUCUGGGAGCCAACGGAUCGAUUCCCACCAUUCUGGAGGAUCAGAACAAGAACGAGUUCGUCAAGGGGAAAAUCUGCAUCGGCACCAAAUCCCGGCUGUCGGUGCCCUCCAACAAGGAGCAUCAUUACCGGAACCUCAGGGAUCGGUACACAAACUGCACGUACGUGGAUGGCAACCUGGAGCUAACUUGGCUGCCCAACGAGAACUUGAACCUGAGCUUCCUGGACAACAUUCGGGAGGUCACCGGCUACAUACUGAUCAGUCAUGUGGACGUCAAGAAAGUGGUAUUUCCAAAACUGCAAAUCAUUCGCGGCCGCACACUGUUCAGUUUGACCGUGGAGGAGGAGAAGUAUGCCUUCUUCGUCACCUACUCCAAGAUGUACACGCUGGAGGUUCCCGAUUUGCGAGACGUCCUUAAUGGUCAGGUGGGUUUCUACAACAACUACAAUCUCUGCCACAUGCGGACCAUCCAGUGGCCGGAGAUAGUGUCCAAUGGCAAGGAUGCGUACUAUAAGUACAACUUCACGGCUCCUGAGCGCGAGUGCCCCAAGUGCCACGAAAGCUGUGCCCAUGGCUGUUGGGGCGAAGGUCCCCACAACUGCCAAAAGUUCAGCAAGCUGACCUGUUCACCCCAGUGUGCCGGAGGUCGAUGCUAUGGACCCAAGCCGCGGGAGUGCUGCCACCUAUUCUGCGCCGGCGGAUGCAAUGGACCUACGCAGAAGGACUGUAUUGCCUGCAAGAACUUCUUCGACGAGGGCGUUUGCAAGGAGGAGUGCCCACCCAUGAGGAAGUACAACCCCACCACCUAUGUGCUGGAGGCCAAUCCGGAUGGCAAGUACGCGUAUGGAGCCACCUGUGUGAAGGAGUGUCCCGGUCACCUGCUGCGCGACAAUGGCGCCUGUGUCAGGAGCUGUCCUCCCGACAAGAUGGACAAGAACAGCGAGUGUGUGCCCUGCAAUGGACCCUGUCCCAAAACCUGUCCAGGUGUUUCAGUUCUCCAUGCUGGAAACAUCGACUCCUUCCGGAAUUGCACGGUGAUCGAUGGAAACAUCCGCAUCUUGGAUCAGACCUUCUCGGGCUUCCAGGAUGUCUAUGCCAACUACACGAUGGGGCCACGCUACAUUCCCCUGGAUCCCGAGCGACUGGAGGUCUUCUCCACCGUUAAGGAGAUCACUGGCUAUCUGAACAUCGAGGGCACCCACCCGGACUUCAAGAACCUCUCGUACUUCCGCAACCUGGAGAUCAUCCACGGUCGCCAGCUAAUGGAAAGCAUGUUUGCCGCCCUGGCGAUCGUAAAGUCUUCUUUGUACAGCCUGGAGAUGCGAAGUUUGAAGCAGAUCAGCUCCGGCAGUGUGGUCAUCCAGCACAAUAGGAACCUCUGCUACGUAGGCAACAUCCGGUGGCCAGCCAUUCAGGUGCAUGCCGAGCAGAAGGUGUGGGUCAACGAGAACUUGAGAGCGGAUCGAUGCGAGAAAAACGGAACUGUUUGCUCGGAUCAGUGCAACGAGGAUGGCUGCUGGGGAUCUGGCACGGAUCAGUGUCUGACCUGCAAGAACUUCAACUUCAAUGGCACCUGCAUCGCCGACUGCGGUAAUAUCUCCAAUGCCUUCCAGUUCGAUAAUAAGACCUGCAAGACGUGCCAUCCCGAGUGUCAGACGUGCACGGGAGCAGGAGCGGAUCACUGCCAGGAGUGCGUCCAUGUGAGGGACGGGCCGCACUGUGUGGCCGAGUGUCCCGGAAACAAGUACAAUGACAACGGAGUCUGCCGGGAGUGCCAUGCCACCUGCGAUGGAUGCACUGGGCCCAAUGACACCAUCGGUUUGGGAGCCUGCAAGACCUGCAACCUGGCCAUUAUCAACACGGAUGCCACGGUGAAGCGCUGCCUGCUGAAGGACGACAAGUGCCCGGAUGGCUACUUCUGGGAGUAUGUGCAUCCGCAGGAGCAGGGGUCGCUGAAGCCGCUGGCCGGCAGGGCCGUCUGCCGGAAGUGUCAUCCCCUGUGCGAGCUUUGCACCAACUAUGGAUACCAUGAACAGGUCUGCUCCAAGUGCACCCACUACAAGCGGCGUGAACAGUGCGAGACCGAGUGUCCUGCGGAUCACUACACGGACGAGGAGCGGCGGGAGUGCUUCCAGUGCCAUCCGGAGUGCAAUGGAUGCACGGGUCCGGGAGUCGACGAUUGCCUGUCCUGCCGGAACUUCAAGCUGUUCGACGUGAAUGAGACGGGUCCCUAUGCCAACUCCACGAUGUUCAACUGCACCUCGAAGUGUCCUCUGGAGAUGCGCCAUGUGAACUACCAGUUUGCAGACAUUGGCCCCUACUGCGCCUCUCGUCCGCCCAGGAGCAGCAAGAUGACCGCCAAUCUAGACGUGAACAUGAUCUUCAUCAUCACUGGGGCUGUCCUUGUCCCCACCAUCUGCAUCCUGUGCGUGGUCACCUACAUCUGCAGGCAGAAGCAGAAGGCGAAGAAGGAGACCGUCAAGAUGACCAUGGCCCUGUCCGGCUGCGAGGAUUCUGAGCCACUGCGUCCCUCGAACAUCGGAGCCAAUCUGUGCAAGCUACGCAUCGUCAAGGACGCCGAGUUGCGCAAAGGAGGAGUCCUCGGAAUGGGAGCCUUCGGUCGGGUGUACAAGGGUGUCUGGGUGCCGGAGGGUGAGAACGUCAAGAUCCCAGUGGCCAUCAAGGAACUGCUUAAGUCCACCGGUGCCGAGUCCAGCGAGGAGUUCCUCCGUGAAGCCUACAUCAUGGCCUCCGUGGAGCAUGUGAAUCUUCUGAAGCUCCUGGCUGUGUGCAUGUCCUCCCAGAUGAUGCUGAUCACCCAGCUGAUGCCUCUGGGCUGCCUGCUGGACUAUGUGCGGAAUAACCGGGACAAGAUCGGCUCCAAAGCCCUGCUCAACUGGAGCACCCAGAUCGCCAAGGGCAUGUCAUAUCUGGAGGAGAAGCGACUGGUGCACCGCGACCUGGCUGCCCGCAAUGUCCUGGUGCAGACGCCAUCGCUGGUAAAGAUCACCGACUUCGGACUAGCAAAGUUGUUGAGCAGUGAUUCCAAUGAGUACAAGGCGGCCGGUGGCAAGAUGCCCAUCAAGUGGCUGGCACUGGAGUGCAUCCGCAACCGCGUCUUCACCAGCAAGUCGGAUGUGUGGGCCUUUGGGGUCACCAUUUGGGAGCUGCUGACCUUUGGCCAGCGACCGCAUGAGAACAUCCCAGCCAAGGACAUCCCAGAUCUCAUUGAAGUAGGCCUGAAGCUGGAACAGCCGGAGAUCUGCUCACUGGACAUUUACUGCACCCUGCUCUCCUGCUGGCAUUUGGAUGCCGCCAUGCGACCCACCUUUAAGCAGCUAACCACGGUCUUCGCGGAGUUCGCCAGGGAUCCGGGUCGUUAUCUGGCCAUUCCUGGGGACAAGUUCACCCGCCUGCCCGCCUACACCAGUCAGGAUGAGAAGGAUCUCAUCCGCAAGCUGGCGCCCACCACCGAUGGCUCCGAGGCGGUUGUAGAACCGGAUGACUACCUGCAACCGAAGGCGGCACCUGGUCCUAGCCACCGAACAGACUGCACCGACGAGAUACCCAAGCUGAAUCGCUACUGCAAGGAUCCCAGCAACAAGAAUUCGAGUGCCGGCGACGAUGAGACCGAUUCGAGUGCCCGGGAAGUGGGCGUGGGUAAUCUGCGGUUAGAUCUGCCGGUCGAUGAGGAUGACUACCUCAUGCCCACUUGCCAGCCGGGACCGAACAACAACAACAACACCAACAAUCCCAAUCAUAACAACAUGGCAGCGGUGGGCGUGGCCGCUGGCUACAUGGAUCUCAUCGGAGUGCCCGUCAGUGUGGACAAUCCGGAGUAUCUGCUAAAUGCGCAGACACUGGGAGUAGGAGAGGCGCCGAUACCCACUCAGACCAUCGGUAUCCCGGUGAUGGGUGUACCGGGCACCAUGGAGGUCAAGGUUCCCAUGCCGGGCAGUGAACCCACUAGCUCCGAUCACGAGUACUACAAUGAUACCCAAAGAGAGCUGCAGCCGCUGCAUCGGAACCGCAACACGGAGACGAGGGUUUAGACUUCCACCUCGAGGGAGGAGCGAUUGCCAAUGGAUGAGGAGAAUCUUGCCAAGUGCCUUUGGAAGCCAUCGCCGGCUUUUAUCCUAGAUGGGAGCCCGUGCGCCUGUACAAAGCCUAGAUCGACCCAUAGAUUUGUAUAUUACUACCGAUAUUACUCUCUAGUGUACUUAGCCAGUCCCCCUUUGUGUAUAUGUUAUACGACUUCUCUAUCCUAGCCUCUAACAAAUCAGUAGUCAGCAGGGAUCGUCGUCGCGGUCCUGCGCUUGUAGCAUCCAUGUAAUUACGAGAACAAAACACCGAUAGUGCAUUUCUUAGACGCCUCCGCCACGCCAAGCUCGAAGAGAUCGAGAUCUUAAUCAGAUCGGCUCCACCGGAGGACGCCCACUAAGCUAAGCCGAGAUGUCCAGUUCCCUUGGGCGUCAAUUACUUCUUGUACUUGUAGUUAGCCGUAGUCUCUUCUAGCGCCUAGUUUCCAACUGUGAUAUAGUUUUUAGGACUCGACCUAAGGACUUUCAAAACCACGAUGAACAAAUCGAACGACUCGACACACAAUUAAGCAAAAAUAGUAGAAAAACUAAUCAAUGUGUAGCCACAUAGCGAUCUUAUGCAAUUUUAGGCCUAGUUUCAAAUCCCAUUCGAUAAUAUCAAGUUUGACAAUCAAAUCCCGAGCGUGCCAUGCGUCGAUCGAUGCAAAUCUCCUAAAGAUUUUGAAUACCUUGUUGGCACACUAGAGUGUAAGCGAAUGCCUAGGCGAUAUGUUACUGAUCAAAGAUACAUAAGUAAUCCACACAAAUAUAUUCUUCUAAUAUACAAUAUAUGUACCACAUAUACACGUGUAGAUUUGCCAAGUUAUGCUUACUGAAUAAGUUAAUUUAAAUUAAAAUAGACUAUUUACAUAUAUGCGAAUAUAUAUACACAAAUAAAAAUUAUUUUUCAA